AUGUUUGAAGGACCGUCAGACGACCAGCCGGAACGCCACGGCUCUGCCGCCCCUGCCGGCGCAGAGUCCGCGCAGUAUGACUUGGAACCCCCCGAGCAUUAUGAACUACCCGACUUGAGCCACGUCAUGGAAGAGGACCCCAGGACAGGGACUGCUCGGCAUAUGCUGGACGUCUUCUCUUACAAUGUCAACAAGAUGGAAUCCAAGGUCAGAGACCUGGGCAAAUAUGCCAAGGGAUUCGAAUGCGGGAUGCGACCAACCAUCCUCAUGAUUCAAGAUCCUCCGUACAACGUUGCAAAAAUUCAUCUGCCAAAAUACCACCUCGUAAGCAAAAGUGACUGGAUACGACCCAAGUCUGACAAAGACAAAGACCAACAAAAGACUUCUCCGGCGGCCAAGAACAAACCCAAGAACUCCAGGGCGGCCAAGAACAAAUCCAAGAACUCCCAGGACGAGGAAGACGACGAACCAAAGCCUGUUUCCAGAAGGGUUGCCAUUUAUGUUUCCACGGCAAUACAUCCGAAGUCGUGGGAGGUCACUUGGGACGAGGGAGUGAACAAGGGAUACGUCGCUUACAUGCUCCUCCGCUUGCUCGACGGCUCCGAAGUGUAUUUCACAAAUUUCUACAACCGCAAGCCGGGAGAGAGCAUUGACCUUGAGCACCUUUUCAACACCCCAGCCCCCGGACUCGGUUUCGACGUCCUGGGUAGCAAUUCUGCCAUCUUUUGCGAUUCAAACGCCCACUCCAUUUGGGAUCCUGUCAGCGAGCCUGACAAAUGUGGCAGAUACAUGUCGCAGGCGUUUCUCGAACGCAGCAUGGAUAUCCGACCAACAUACAACAAGAGAAAGGUCACCUACAGGCGCAAAGCGGCAAAACGAAAAGAAGAUGUUGCAACCAACAUUGACCUGACCGUAUUGGGAAACGUGAUUCGGCAUCAACUGGUCAAUUGUAGUGUUGAGAGGCCGCGCGAAAUCAAAAACAGUUACACAGACCAUGCGGUCAUCCACACCAGGUUGAACCUGCAAGUCGACCGACGCCCUCGGAAGAUGUACCGGUUUGAUAAGGUCAACAAGGAGGAUUUCCAGGAUAGCGUCAACAAGAAAUUGCAGCUUGCUCUCGGUGACCCCGAAGCCAUCCCUGAGCUUGUCGACUGCAACGCUGCAGAGGCAUUUGCACAGAAUCUGUGUGAAGCUUUGAUGGAGACUGUCAGGGACAUGGUGCCGACCAUUGACCUCAACGCAUCGGAGACCAGGAAUCAGCAUCCUCAGCUUGCCGAACUUAUAGAGGCUUUUGACGCAGAGCUGCAUGCAAAUCGGGCCUUACACGAUACGCGUCGAGACAAUUUGGCAUAUGACGAGCGUUACGAGAAGUGGGUGGCUGCGAUCAAGGAAACCAACAGGUUUUCGACGAUUGCCAAUACGGUUGCGUCCCGCAAUCGUGCCGCUAAUCUGUCUGAAGGCCUGGUGAGUCUUCACAAGAUAAUGGCUCAGGCUCGCAGGACGGCUCUCACACAGAUGCCUCCCCACUUGCAGUAUCUCAAGACCGCCGACGGUACCUUCUGUCAGAGCCAAGCAGAGAAUGCUCAUGUUUUACGUAGCAAACUAUUUGACGAAACCAGCGAUUCUCUGCCCCCGGCGGGAGAGGCAACAGCCUUGGGUCGGCACAUCGAAUCUCGAAUGGAGGCCUUAGAUGCCAAAAGAUCAGCAAGACCCAAGGCAAAGCCAAAAUCUCGGCCCUGUACAUCCAAGAAACGCAAGGGAAAGCAAGAGUCUCGGCAUCGUCAAUCCUCAACGCCACCACCUCGCUCGUCACCUCAACCGUCUCGGCCCUCUCCCGAACCUCUUCAUCACCCUUCUCCCUCGGGUGCCGCCAGUCGCCCCGCCGAGAACGAUUUUGAUCCUCCCGAUACCAGUACAAUCGUUUGCGCAUUUGAUACAUACUCUUCUGUUCCUACCCCGGGUUCGCCACUCACGCAUGGGGAACCUCCGUUUCCUGGAUCCCCGCUUUCCAACAUCGACAUGCCAACCCAGGACGACUGUUCGAUGCCCGAUGCAGACAGUACCACAUGUGGCGAAUCUCAACAUCCGGAGCCCUCUCCCAGCAAGGGUCAGAAGGGUACAACAUCCAGAGCCCAAGGGGGCAAGAAAAUCGCCAAGAAAAAACCUCAAAGGCGCGUCAGCAUGAAUGGCGGCAAUCGCUUUGUUCCUCCUGCCAGGGAAUCAAGGGUUGUAAGGUCCAACUCAAAGCCUGGUGGCUUGAGGGGAAACGUCAAGCCUUCGCAGCAAAAGCCUCUUGACCACCCAAGUUCAGACAAUCUAGCUUCCGACGUCCCCAGCAACCAGAUGGCUAGCGCAUUAGCUGAUUCGGUGUCAUCCCAAUCGAUCGACUCUCCCUUCGCCUCUCCCUCCGCCUCCGCUUCCGACCCUCCGCUAUCUGCCGGUUCCCCUCCCGUAUCCCAAAAGGCCCGAAGCAGACCUAAGAAGAAAAGGAUCUCUCACGAGGAGCGAGAACGGCUGGCUAAGCUGAAAUCGGAGCCCCCUCUUAAGCUCAACCGUCAAAAAGUUCGGAAGAUCGUGAAGAGACUGCCUGCCCGCAAAGCCCCUGGCCCAGACGAGAUUCCAAAUCCAGCUCUGAAGAUAGCGGUAGACGUCCUGUUGCCCUAUUUGUUGCAUCUCUUCAAUGCCUGCAUCAAGUUCCACUACCACCCGGUCUGCUUCAAGGAGUCAAUCACUAUCGUCAUCCCAAAAGAGGGGAAAAGCGACUAUACAGAUCCGAAGAACUACAGGCCCAUUGCGCUGCUUCCCUGUAUUGGGAAGGUCCUAGAGCGACUCGUCGCUGAUUACAUCAAAGAACUUGCUAUUAAGUAUGACCUGAUCCCGUUCAGCCAAUACGGCUUCGCUGGAAAGAGCGCUCCCAAGGCAGUUGAGCAUCUUGUCAGCGGGAUCGUGGACGGGUUUUGCGCGAGAACCACUAAGAAGAAGUGGCGGACUAGCAUGUUGGCUCUUGACGUGUCUGGCGCUUACGAUCACGUUAAACACCUUGAGCUAAUCGACAUUCUCAUCGACGUGGGCGUGCCCAAAUGGCUUGUGCACUACGUCAAGUCUUUCGUCUCUGACCGUUCCACCUCGGUUGUGCUUCCAGGCUUCACCUCACCCAAGUUCUGGGUCCGCAUUGGCAUUCCUCAGGGGAGCCCACUGUCUCCGAUUCUCUUUGUCCUGUUCACGGCACCGAUGCUGCGGAUACUUGACAACGAGGCAAAGCUGGGUCGUUCCAAGUACAUCCUCACCAGUGCCUCUUACGUCGAUGAUACUUGCAUCAUGGUCACGUCUACGUGUUCCACGUUCAAUUGCAAGAAGCUGGCCGAGGUGCACAACAAGCUGAUAUCCUGGGCACAACCACGUGGGCUACUAUUCGAUCCCACCAAGUACAAAGUCAUGCACUUCCGCCCACGGAGGGGAGGCAAUGGAUGUCUUCCUCUCUGCACAGAGCUGCCUGAAAUCGAGCACUUGGACGAGAGAACGGCUCUUGUGCGGGAAGCCAAGGAACCAGCAACGAACAAGGACGGCAACCUCCGUGUCCUAGGCGUCUGGUUGGACCACCAAUUGUCAUGGAAGUAUCACGUCCACCAGAUAAAGGAAAAGGUCAACCGGAAGAUGGACUACAUGAAGCGGAAAAUCAGCAGCGUUUCGGGCCCGUCGUUGCUGAAGAUGUGCCAACUUUACGCGACCAGUAUCCGUCCAAUCAUUGCGUACGCCUGCCCAGUCUGGUUUGUCGUCCCCAGCAUAGAGGCAAAAGGUUACGGCCUGAACCAAACGUUGAUCGACAAGCUCGAUGCCAUUCAGACCGGCUGCCUCCGGGUCUUUGCCGGCGUGUUUUCCAAGACAUCAAGCCUUCCCCUCCACAAAGAAGUCAACAUGGAGCCGAUUGCUGUCUAUCUCCAACGUAUGGCAAUGAGUCAUCGUGCCUGCAACUCCAUGGCCGAAGAUGGCAAGCUUCUAGUCGGAAAGACAACCAAAUUCCCUUUCAAAAGCACCAGGAGCCCAUGCUUCAAAAAGCAGCCGUACUUUAAGCUGUAUCAAGCAGCCUCCCGGCUCGCAGACAAAGCCAAGGAUAAAUACCUGAGCAAGAACCUUCCCGACGUGUGGGAUAAUGCAGUCGAUCGGCGCAUCGCUAUCAACGAGUACCUCGAAGCGCAAUCGGAUACUCUCUGUAGGUACAUCUGGUGGUGGUUCAAAGAAAAACGAAAACGACGCUCAACCCGGCAGUCGUGGUACGGGACUCAUUGCCACCCACUCGCAACCAGGGGGGACUGGGGCGCUUCCAACCUCAAGCGCCACCAACACUUGACCCGAGUUGAGAGCACUAUCAUCCUUCAUUGCAGGACCGGUUUCAUCGGCCUCAACUCCUACCUGUAUAAGAGGACGCUCGCCGACUCACCCAUGUGUCCCUGUGGCACCAACACCCACACCGUCGAACACCUUUUCUUCGAAUGUCCCCUGCUGGUCAACGCCAGACGCAACUUGCCCGUCACGAAGUGGACAGUAAAGUUGAUCGAAGGCCGGUUUGGUCGUUGGGCCUCCCGAAAACGCACCCUCGAACAACUGAUCGACGAGCACCCCCGCACCAUGGCGCAAUGGGCCAUCAAAACCUUCGGGCUCGGGAUACAUGAGAGGUCCCCCUUACUCCAACCACCCCCUACAUGUCUAACCACCCUCAUCAACUACUGCUCCAUCGAGCUACAGUGCUGCCUUGAGUUCCGCCAACAGGCUGUCUUGCUUUGGAUGGUUCAACCGGUUUACUUCGCGAUACUGGUCGUCGGUCAUCUCGUUGUUUUCGAAUGCUUUGGCGAUGUCUUCGAACUCGUUGAAUAUUUUGAGAAGAGAUGGAUCAUUACGGCCGUAUCGGCGGAGGAUGACAUAUGCCAACAAUGCUUCUUCGAAUUUGUUGCGGUUCUGAGGGAAAGGGCGUUUGCUUCGAAACUUGCAGACAUCAUGCUCUUUUUCUCUGAUGAGCUGGGUGAGGCUGUCACCGCUCUUGAGGUAAUCGAGGCGAUUCGCGCUCUCUUCAUAUACCCCCAUAGGUGGCCAUAG